ACAGAGGCGCCUCACUGCUCCUGAUCUUCUUGCUGUGCCCCUUCACCGCAGCCAAGCAAGCCGUGCCAGACUGUUGCCGCCAGAAGAGCUGCUCCUGCCGCAUCCUCGAGCUCCUGCAAGGGAUGGGCAACCACGCGGCUGGCAUUCUGACCCUCGGCAAGCGGAGCGACGCCAGGGCCACCAAGGCCUUCCAGAACCGGCUCUACCACCUCCUCCAUGGCUCCAGCAACCAGGCCGCUGGGAUUCUCACCAUGGGCAAGCGGGCAGCUGAGCUGGCACCGGAGCACCAGGAAGGUACGCCCAGCAACCAGCUAGCACUGGCUUCCUAUGCCGCAGGGCGAGAUUUAGCUAAGGGCUGUCUGGUGCUGCUGGAUAAGGACCUAGCAUCUUGCCAGAAACUGAGCAAUGCUGACGCAGUAUACUGA